AUGUCUGGACCUGUUGCAUCGAAUCUUGUCCUGCUGAGCGACCUCGAGACAACCGCGCAAGGGACGAAAGUCCGCUUCCUGGGCUGCGUUGAUGAGUACGUGGUUCAGACUGCGACCCUGCGACUGAAGCACAACUACCCCGCAGCCAGCCAUGCAGUAAUUGCGAAUGUCGACGUCGUCCACGUCUUAGAACGCAUCAAGACGCAUGAGAUGGAAGUUGGCACCUGGAUCAAUGUGAUAGGCUACGUUGAACGACGGAAAGAGAGAGGAGUGUUUGUGCAGGCUAUCGCAAUCUGGAGUGCUGGCAAUGUUGACGUAGGUGCCUAUGAAAGAGCUGUCGACGCCAAAAAGACAGCUGGAUGA